UCCUCUGUCUCCUGGUUAUAGGCUACUGCUGGUAUUAAGUAUUUCAUUGUUGAUUGCCGUCCAUUGCAACACUUCAGUGCUGGACACAUCACGGGAGCUAUGCACAUGGACACUGACCUGUUGUUACAUUCGCCUAAAGACUUCUCCACUGCGAUGGACAGGCUCUGUGAUCGUAUCAAACAAAAUGGCGGAGAGAACGGAGAGCACCUUUGCUUCCUUGGGUCAGGGAGAGAGCAAGAGGACCAGUAUAUGAACAUGGUCCUGGCAAAGUUCCUUCAGCAAUCAGUUCCUUACAUCAGCAUAGCUAGGGGAGGCUUCCUAGAGAUGUUGAGGCUUCUUGGGGCAAGGGCUGGUCAGUUGUUGGAGGACUUUGAUUCCGAGCUAUGUCAUCAGCUCUACGAGGACUCCAGGGCAUCAAGCAACCCAUCACCAUCACGCAGUGACUGUAACUCUGAUAGUGAUACUGAAGCUCAUCUCGGUUAUUAUUACAAGCAAAGACUCCAAGAGAAAAGUGCUCAGAUCUAUACGUCAUUAGCAGCUGGCUGGAGAGACAGGUCUCAAAGGCUCCGAGUGAGAAUGGGCGAGUUAUGGAAGUCACGACAAGUAGCAGCUUACAAGCAGAGACCUCUCGCUGGAGAAGAGAAGAAGAAAAAUGGCCGACGGUAUCACAACUUGCCAGAGAAUGUUUUUGUGAUUGCGGACGACGAAGAGGAGGAGGGAGAGAGAGAGGAAGUAGGCGGAGCUGAGAGUGAACUUGUUAAUAUUAGUUUGUAUUCAACUUCACCCGAAAUACUCCACUCAUUCCCUUGUACUGAAGUUACUGAUACUGGACACAUGGCUACAAGUCAUCUCCUCUUAACUAGCAAGGAUUUGAUGAUAUUACGUGAAGCUCCAGACAGAGCUGGUUGGGGUCGUAUCAAACAUCGUGAGAACUUAUUAACAAUUUUAAAAAUCACCGCCAAAAAGCAUCACCCAGACAUUGUCACGUUUAAGUUUGGUCACCAUGACAACGGUGCGAUCGUCUUGACCCACCAGAUUAGAGUGAGACUACCUAACACUCGUAAAGCAACUGAAGCUAUUAGGAACACAGUGGAACAGGCAAACAAAUAAUAACAACCACAACAACAACAACAACAAUAACAAUAACAAUAAUAAUAUUGAUACAUGUACACGUGUACUUUAUGAUUUCAGUUUUAUUCAACUCUAGUCUGUACAGCGUCUGACAGUUUUUCUAA